AUCAUCUAUCAAAUGAACAAGUACACUGAUUAUCAGCGUAUAUUCAAUUGUUUUGAUGGAGAUGGAAAAAUUUCUCCAUCGGAGUUACAACGUUAUGUUGGGUUGAUAGGCAGCGAAUUGUUGCUAGAAGAGGUGAACUUGGUGGUUGAUUCACUGGGCUCGGACCAAGGUGGAAUAUUGGGGUUGGAUGGGUUCGAGAGUUUGAUGGAGAGCAAGGAUGAAGAAGAGAAGAUGGAGGGCUUGAGGAAGGCCUUUGGCAUGUAUGAAAUGGAGGGGUGUGAGUGUAUAACGCCAAAGAGCCUGAAGAGGAUGCUUAGUGGAUUGGGUGAGUCAAGGAGUGUUGAUGAAUGUGUUGUCAUGAUUAAUCAGUUUGAUCUCAAUGGGGAUGGUGUCCUUAGCUUUCGUGAGUUUGAGCUCAUGAUGCUUGGGUGA